AUGGAGUUCCCGUACUGGAACCGCACUCUAGGCGCAGAUCAUUUUUAUGUAUCCUGUGCUGGUCUGGGUUACGAGUCUGACCGAAAUCUGGUGGAAUUGAAGAAAAACUCGGUUCAGAUCUCCUGCUUCCCGACGACUGAAGGUAGGUUUGUGCCUCACAAAGAUAUUACAUUUCCUCCACACGCGCAGGGGAACAGGACAGCGAAAUAUCUAGGUUUUGUAAGAUACAAUGAGGUUAAAGAAUCGAAUUUGGUCAACGAGUUGAGAAAAGAUUCCGAUUUUCUGAUUGAAUCCGAGCCGUCAAAUGGAAUGACUUUAGUGGGGAGAUUAGGGAGUAGUGUUUUCUGUUUGUUCGAGUAUGGAGCUGAUGUUUCUGGGAUUGGUGAAGCAUUGCGUUUUGGGUGUGUGCCUGUAAUGGUUAUGGACCGUCCGAUGCAGGACUUACCGUUGAUGGAUGUGAUCGGGUGGCAGAAGAUUGCUAUUUUUGUGGGAUCCCGUGGUGGUGUUAAGGAAGUGAAGCGUGUGUUGGAUCGUACGUGUAAGGAUGAUGAGUGCGCGGGAAGAAGGAGAUUGGGUGUGGUGGCAAGCCAGCAUUUUGUGUGGAAUCACAUGCCGCAGCCGUACGAUUCGUUUCAUAUGGUGAUGUAUCAGCUUUGGCUUAGGCGGCACGCUAUUAGAUACGCCCGGAGAGAAUUUGUCUAG